CAGAUGGUCCACCACUUGGGAUUGAAAUUGAGCCACUUCCUCCUGGGGCAUUUAUGUCCCAAAGUACAAAUCCAGUCAAUGAGCAAAAUAACGUUGGAGAUCCUAGCCAGUGUCAUUCUCUUGGUAUAUCUGGGUUUCUGAAGCAGCCAAAUCUUAAUCCUAAAUAUGAAGCACAUAUUACUCGGAUGGGUUCCCAGGAUUCAUACGAGGAGGAUGCAAACUGUUAUUCUAUCCAUUCUGACAGACCGGAGAGGAGGUCCUAUCGGCAAUUAAAACAGAAGUCUUUCCUCAACACUUCCAACUCUCCUCUUGGUCAGAACUCUUAUUUAGAUACAUUCGUUUCUAAGGAUCCUGGCUACUAUGAUGCCAAAGUUUCCAAUAAAAAGGCAAAGCCAUGGUUGCGUGACAAUAAUAAUGUUGCUUCUAAGAAUGCCCAGAAGAAUGAAAACUUGUCUAGACCUUCAAAUUUGAUACCUGAUUUCAGUCAGUCCCUCGAUACCGUGGAGAGGGGCCCAUCUGCAAGGGUGACAAAGGUCAACAAAUGUAUCACAGAGAGGAGACACAACAUAGAGUAUCACGAACCAGUUAGAGUAAAAAUGCAUCCAACAAAUGAAAUGAGAGUUGCUAAUCAAGCCAAAAUUGAAUACCCUCAACAAGAUUACCUGGAAAAUGCAUCAUCUACCAAACUGUUGUUAUUGGCAAAUCAGAUUAAAGGGUCAUCUAUGGAUGUUCCAUGUAGCUUCAGUGAGGAUGAAACUGCAGAAACUAGUUCUUCCCUAGAAUGAAGGAAAGAUGGUUUAUCAAUUCCAGGAGGGCUUAAGUGGUUCUCAAGAACACUCCAUGGAGACCCAUGAAUUUAUGUAAUUGCUUUGUACAGGUGGAAGAAGGGUGUUUGCUCAUCCUAGUAAUAUGGAACUACUGCUAGCAAAAUAGGGAGGAUAGCAUGUCAAUCGUAAUCAGGGUGCUCAGCUGUUGAUGUGUACAAAUUCUUUUUGAUGUUAGUUAAAAUGCUUUUUGCAGAAAAGCAGUGAUGACAUUUAUGUGGUAAUGUCAUUGGCUUGGAUCUACUAAUCCUAGAUGUAAUAUAAGCAAUUUAACCUGGAGAUUUGAAAACACUGCAUUCCACAUAUUGGUCUUUCCUUGGCCUGAAGCUGAGCAUUGGUUUUGGUGAUGAAAAGUUUUGUUUGUCAUCUUUGAAAAGCAACUGUGAAUUGGGGUGAAUUUACAGUUAC